AACAAACAAAAAAAAGGAAAAGAUAACAAUGAAAUAUAAAAACCAUCCACAAAAUAUAAAUCUAUUUAUUUUAUUACCCAAACAUAAAACUAUGUUUCUUUUAUCCUACAAAGUAUUUAUUUUAAAUGAAUUCAAAUACUUUAUAACAAAAUUCCUCAAUUUUAAUUUUCCAUGCAUUUUUGUGCAUUCAUACCAAAUGACACUUGAGCGAUAUGUAAACAAAAUGCAAACGAAGAUAACGAUCUUCUUCACUCUCCGCUGACAUUUAAAACAAAAACAAAAAAAGACCAGCAACAAAAAGCCACAACAAGAUGAUCAGAGUACGUCUAUUUCAAAGUGCAAAAUCUACUUUGAAAAUUUUGAAACGAUUUUCAAGUAAUUUCACGGAACAGAAAAUCAAUGUCGAUGGUGUUGACAUCAACUAUGUCAAAACAGGUAACGGUUCCAAAGGUAUUUUACUAAUGCCAGGCGCCAUUGGCUCAGCAUGGACCGAUUUUACACCACAAAUUGAAAAACUACCCAAAUUAUUGCCCGAUUACACAAUCAUUGCCUGGGAUCCGCCAGGUUACGGCAAAUCAAUUCCACCAAAGAGGCAAUUUGAUUUGAAUUUCUAUCACAAAGAUGCCGAAUGUGCAACGAGUUUAAUGAAGAUUUUAGGGUAUUCUAAUUUUUCUGUCCUUGGCUGGAGUGAUGGUGGAAUCACGGCUAUGAUUAUGGCUGGAACAGAUCGUAGGCUUUUAGAUAAUAUGGUUAUUUGGGGUGCGGGACCUUAUAUUAAUGAAAAAGAAGUUAAAGUUUUAGAAGAUAUGCGUGACGUAUCGACAUGGUCGGCGCGAAUGAGAGAACCAAUGGAGAAAUUGUAUGGCCCAGAAAGAUUCAGAGAAAUAUGGUCUGAGUGGGUCGAUGCUGCGAUUAUGUUUUAUGAUAAGAGGAAUGGAAAUUACUGUAAAGGAGAACUAGAAAAGAUCGUUACACCGACACUCAUUUUGCAUGGAGUCAAAGAUCCAAUGAUAGCCGAAGAACAUAUUCCCUACAUUCGUAGGAGAAUUCUCGGUUGCAGAUAUUACUCAUUUCCACAAGGGAAGCAUAAUAUUCACUUGAGGUAUGCGGAUGAGUUUAACAAAGUAGUAGCAAACUUUUUGCUACAAAAAUACUAGAGGGUGAUAGUUUUGGAAAAGAGGCUUUCAUCGGAUUUUGGUUAUUAUCCUUUAAGAGUGGACAAGAAAUACAAAUUGUGAUUUUUAAAAUGUAAUUGGAAAUAAUAAUUGACUUUUUAGCUUAAAUAAAAAAGACGCUAAUUACAAAGUA